AUGGCCCGGCCACCUCCUUGCUGGCUGUGGGUGCUGGGGACCCUGGCGGGGCUCUCAGCUACCCCAACCUCCAAGAGCUGUCCAGAGAAGCACUACUGGGCUGGGGGACAACUGUGCUGUCAGAUGUGUGAGCCAGGAACAUUCCUCGUGAAGGACUGUGACCAGCAUGGAAAGGCCACCCACUGUAACCCAUGUGUCUCCGGGACCUCCUUCGCACCAGACCACCACCACCGGCGCCACUGCGAGAGCUGUCGGCACUGCAACUCCGGUCUUCUCAUUCGAAACUGCACCCUCACUGCCAAUGCCGAGUGUGCUUGCUCCGAGGACUGGCAGUGCAGGGACAAGGAGUGCACGGAAUGUGACCCUCCUCCCAACGCCGCGCUGAGCCAGCAUCCAUCUCCAACCCUGGGCUCUCCCCCACAACCCAGCCACUUACCUUAUGCCAAAAAGGUAAUAGAGGCCAGGACAACCCAGCACUUUCAGACUCUGGCUGACUUCAGGCAGCUGCCUGCCCCAGCUCUCUCCACCUCAUGGCCACCCGAAAGGUCCCUGUGCAGCCCAGACUGCAUCCGCAUCUUUGUGGUCCUCGCGGGAAUGUUUCUUGCUUUCACCAUUGUCGGAGUGGUGUUCCUCCAUCAGCAAAGAAGAUACGGACUAAAUGAAGAAGAGAGCCUAGUGGCGCCCGCAGAGCCUUGUUCGUACAGCCACCCCAGGGAGGAAGAGGGCAGCGCCAUCCCCAUUCAGGAGGCUUACCGAAAACCAGACCCUGCUUCCUACCCCUGAGCCAGCGCUCCCCGGAGGGGGUCGUCACUGCAGUAAAGUCCCAGCCUCCACCCCACCCCACCGGGCACCCCCAGUUUCAGUACCGUCCUCUCAGGACCUGUGUGCAGACUUGAGAAAGUGCCUUUUCAAUACUGAUGGUGACGAGGACACAUGGGAACGAAGUGGGCGUGGGAAGCCGAAGCCUGGGAGUGUCCCGCACAGCCUGCCUCACCCGCGA